CACCUCCAAGACCGAGGCCAUGGUUCUCCAUCGGGAAAGGGUGGCGUGGAGAAGUCCUGCCAUCAGGUGGAGGAGUUCAAGUAUCUCGGGGUCGGUGUUCCGGACCGUCGUGGUGAAGAAGGAGCUGAGUCGAAAGAAUCAUAAAGGAAGACCCAAAAGAUACUGCUGUCGUCAUUGCAAGCAAGUCUUCACCACUUCAUCAAACCUGAAGAUCCAUAAGCGAAGUCACACUGGUGAUAAACCAUACAGAUGUGAUCAGUGUGGAGCGGCUUUUGCCCGGCAAGGUCAUUUGACGAGUCACCAACUUAUUCACUCUGGAGACAAGCCUUACAGAUGUGAUCAGUGUGGAGCGGCUUUUGCCCGGCAAGGUGAUUUGACGAGUCACCAACGUAUUCACACUGGAGACAAGCCCUACAGGUGUGAUCAGUGUGGUGCGGCUUUUACCCAGCGAGGUCAUUUGACGAGUCACCAACGUAUUCACACUGGAGACAAGCUUUACAGAUGUGAUCAGUGUGGAGCGGCUUUUGCCCAGCAAGCUCAUUUGACGAGUCACCAACGUAUUCACACUGGGGAAAAGCCUUACAGGUGUGAUCAGUGUGGAGUUGCUUUUGUCCAGCAAAGUGAUCUAAAGCGACAUCAACGUAUUCAUACUGGAGACAAGCCUUACAGGUGUGAUCAGUGUGGAGCGGCUUUUACCCAUAAAAGUCACCUAACGAGUCACCAACGUAUUCACACUGGAGACAAGCCUUACAGAUGCGAUCAGUGUGGAUCGGCUUUUGCCCGGCCAGAUCAUUUGACGACUCACCAACGUAUUCACACUGGGGAAAAGCCUUACAGAUGCGAUCAGUGUGAGGCGGCUUUUGCCCAGCAAAGUGCUCUAACGAGUCACCAACGUAUUCACACUGGAGACAAGCCUUACAGGUGUGAUCAGUGUGGAGUGGCUUUUGCCCGGCAUGAUCAAUUGACGAGACAUCAACGUAUUCACACUGGAUAAAAAUUGUACAUUUGUGAUUAUUGCUGAUAUCAUUUAUUUUGAGAGUUCAGUUAACAUGCACCAAUUAAGUUAAUUUAGUUUGAAAGAAAUAAUUGUGGUGGUUUGAUUGUGGGAGAGAUUUUGAAUAUUUUUUUUUUUUAAAAGCAGAUUCUUACAGCUGUAAGAGCUGUUCAGUUAUAACCAGAUCUAGAAAAUGAAAUACAAGAAUUCAAUUCAAAUGUCUUUAUUUUGAACAUGAUGGUAGUGUAAGUCACAGACAUGCUCGAACAUACUUGAACAAUGAAUGCAAGAGAUUUUUUUUUUGAAACAGCAGCAGUUUUGACAUGUUCAAAAAGAAGUAAGAAGAAGUAAAAAAAACGUAUCCUACUCCUUGACGUCAAUACCAUGUUUUCACAUAGACCCUUGUUAUUAGAUGUCAAAAAUCUUGAUGUAUUGAGAAGUUACACAAAUUAAUAACAAUUUUACACAGUGUAAACAUAUUGUGGUAUACAUGAGUAUAAAUCUGCGGAUACUUGGGUGAUUAUUGCCAUUUGCAGGUACAUGUCCCUCUAUAUAAACACUAUUUACCCUGUAUUCAUCUAUAUAUAAAAGCAUACAUUAUUUACCGUGUACAAUCUUAUUCAUUACGGGCAUUCUCACACAAAUAUUUCUAGAUGCAUUAAAGCAUAUAUAUGUAUAAUAGACAGAUACACGCACACCCAACGAAGAAUGAGGAAGUCAGCCGUCCCGAUCGGCCAGCAGCAAUACAAAUGAUGAGAAAAGAUAUGAGAAAUAUUUGUUGGGCCACAGUCCCAUAUGAACUAUGGAUUGUGUAAUUAUAUGAACAGUUAAGGCCUUGGGUCAGCUUUGAGUCCCAGUUCUGGGGCCUCAGGCUUAGGCUCCAGAACUCUGCAUUCCUCAACGUGAACGCCUUUGGACCGACCUGGAGCUGAAGGAGGCCCAGCUGCUGUGCCCAUAUAUUCCCCUCAUCCACACUGGUCCUCAUCUGGACCAGGAGAGAGAGAGAGACGCUCUUUAUCAAGAUCCCCUGCUGAGCGUAACUACCCUUUGUUUCAUCAAGAAACACUGACCAGCCGGAUCAAACCACUUUCUCUUCAUUUACAAAGAUUCAUGUAAGAGGCUGUUC